AUGGAUUAUGGUGAAUGGACGAGAGAACAACGAGUGAGAUAUAAUAAGUGGGAUGGCAAUGCAUACUCCACAAUCCAAGUCGUGGCUGGUUCAACUAGGCUAUGUGAUCGGAAUGGCCGAUGGGGUUCACGAGUUGGAAUUAAGGAAAAGAUGAUAGAG